AUGUCUCGGCCAUUGAAUGCCAUUUUUCGCCUUGUGCCUCAGAUUUCGUUGGCAACCCGGUCCUUUCGGCCGCUUCUCAACGGCCUUCUUUCCCCGCCUCGCCUCACACCUCCUUCGCUGCUGUGGGCGCCUCCCGUCGGUCGCUUUGUCUGUCGCUUCACCAGCGACAGCUUGGCUCAGCGGCCACCAAGAAAAUCAUCGGACAUUGAGCAUGAGAAAAGAUUAGCUCGUGAGGUCAUCAAGCCAAGGCCUGGUGAUAUCUCAAGUCAUGGCUCCCGACGCCCAAUCCUGGAGCCAUCGCCCGGAGCGCCUCGGGGACAGGCCCUCGGCGACGGUCUCAGACACGAUAUUGAGGUUGUUCACGAUACAUUCCGCCUCGCCCACGUGCCCAGAGAAUCGUUGCAUCUAGGUCUUGCCGGUACCAUCCCAUACCUUGCCACUUCUCUCUCCACCGUGUACCUGGCCUGGGAUCUCACAAAAGAGCUCCCCACGGGCAACGCAUUCUACGAUGCCAUAUUCCUCAACCACGAUACGGCGAACCAUCUCCAGAGCGUGGUAGAACCACUGCAACUCGGCUACGGCGCGGUCAUCAUCUCCUUCCUCGGCGCCAUUCACUGGGGGUUGGAGUAUGCCGAGCAGACGUCCCUUCGAGAGCGCACUCGCUUCCGCUACGGCAUGGGCGUGGCCGCCUGCGUAGUGGCUUGGCCCACUCUGUUCAUGCCUUUUGAGUACGCGCUGACGACGCAGUUCAUGGCUUUUCUCGGAUUAUACUUUGCCGACGCACGCGCUGCCUCUCGGGGCUGGGCUCCCGCAUGGUACGGCACUUACCGUUUUCUGCUUACCACCAUUGUCGGUCUGGCCUUGUUUGUUUCCCUCGUCGGACGUGCCAAAAUAGGCGAGCACAGCAGGCUCGGCGGCCGGGAGCUCUCAUCGAGCAUGUCCGGCGCUGGAGUAGCUGAUGCAUCAACGGACUGGGCCAAGAUGGAGGCGGAGGAAAAGAAGAGGCUGAAGAGCAAGGAGGAGGCGGCGAAGAAGAAGGCCGAAAAGGAGGAGUCCAGGACUCGUGGCAGAGGCAACGAGAACGAAGUGAAGGACGAGACUCGGAGAGGCCCGCAUCAAGACUGA